CUCCAUCAAAAGCAACCAACAUUACGCAUUCAAUUAUUUUUUCAGAAAAACGAUAUUUCCCUUCAAUUGUCGGCAACCCUCCUUUAGCUGUCACUGCAACUCAACCGUUUUUCUUCAUCAAUGGUGGCGCUCUCCUAUUCGCUCCAAUUCCCAUCCAUUUUCGUUAUUUCUGCUCCACCAACAUACGCCUCGUAAUCUUCUACCUCGAUCGAGUCGAGGUACCACACAUUAUCAACACAAGCUCGAUCCAGAUCAGUUUUCUUCGAGUUUCUGUGCUUUUAUCUGCAUGAGGAUUCCGGAGAUGAUGAAGCGCAGGUUCCGCCGCAGCGAGGCGGCGGAGUCAGCUACUACGACGUCCUCGUCCUCCUCUUCGGCGGCGGAGGCGGUUGAGUGGGAAAUGCGGCCGGGAGGAAUGCUGGUGCAGAAGAGGAGCGAGAGUGCUUCUGGAAACCUCGCAACGCCGAAUCUGCGCAUUAGAGUGGUAUACGGCGCCAUUUUGUGUCAGAUCUCGGUCAAUGCACAAACCACUUUCGGCGAGCUGAAGACGCUGCUGACGGCGGAGACGGGGCUGCAGCCGGCGGAGCAGCGGCUGAUCUUCAGAGGGAAAGAGAGGGAAAAUGGCGACUAUUUAGACACGUGCGGGGUCAAAGAUCGGUCGAAAGUCGUCUUAAUCGACGAUCCAGAGAGCAAGGAGCGGCGGAUGGUCGAGAUGAGGCGGAAGGCCAAGAUCGAGACGAUCCAACGGCUGAUCGACGACGUGUCCACGGAAAUCGAUAGGCUGGUGGAGCAGGUAAGUGUAAUAGAGAAAUCAAUUGCAAAUGGGAAAAGAGUAGCAGAAUUACAGAUCACAACGUUGAUCGAGAUGCUGAUGCAACAAGCUGUCAAACUAGAUAACAUUCCUGCUGCCGAGGCUGCUGAUGCAUGUGCAUACAAGGACUCACAAGGAAAAAUAGUGCAGAAGUGUGUGGAAAAACUGGAUGUGCUGAAGGUACUAAACGCGAAGCAGAAAGUACCAGCUUCGGUUGUGACAACUACAUGGGAAACAUUUGAACCAUCUCCUUCUGCAAACCCAUGGGAACUCUUUGAUUGAUAGUUUUCACUACUUUAUAUUGGUAAUGCUCAUUCCUAGUAAUCAUGAUUAACUCCAAUCUAUAUAGUGAGUAAUGUCUUGCGCAUGAAAUGCAUUCUUUUUAUCGAUGUCCAA